AUGAUCGCAGAGGUGCUUCUGGUGCUCGCAGGCCAUUCGUCCUCACUAUUUCCAACCGAUCACAAGGUCCACCCUGCCUUCGCGCCCCUUCUCCAUCCCGGUGAGGAGCAGUGUCUCGAGUCUUUGGGGCAGAUUGCUCUCCGCUACCGCAAGAUCAAGGACGCGUGCUCCGUCCUCGCCCGCCCAUCCUCCCGAUAUGUAUCUGCACUCUGCGCGACACUCAACCAGAUCCUGAAGGACGAAUAUGAGGUGCUCGUGGUGGAAACGGAGGCGAAAGUAUUGAAGAGGGAUAGCAGCCUUGUUGCGAGUGGGUCGUUCGUACCGCUCUCCUCCUUGCGUGCGAUCUUUGCCGAGUGGGACGCACCCCUUGCAUCCCUCGAAACCCUUGUCGACGACCUGCAAGCCCACGAGCACUGGAGGCCGGGUCCCCUCAUCGACCUUCUCUUGACGCGGUCACAGACCGGUAUCCACCGUGUCUCGUCCAUAUAUGCGCGACUCUCGGAAGCUGUCCAACGGGUCUGGAUCGCGCAGCUACAAGCCGUCUUGAUUCACGGUACGCUCUCGCCAAACGACCCCCUCGCCGACAAGAAUUACGUUCUAGUAGAGGGCGCUGUCCCCUCUUGCGUCUCUGUCCAAUCUCGCGACUCCAUCACUUAUGUUGGACGCGCCAUCGGGACGGUCAAAGCUGCGAAAUGGGAGAAGCAGUUUCCUCAAGACCUUGCGCGAGAACAUACCAAGCUAUUGAACACCGUCAUUCCACAGGACCAGUAUGCCUUUGACCGUGUCAUCUCAGACAUUAGGACGGCUGUUAGUGAGUGGCUAUGGCUAAACGUCUUGACGCACAAAGAUGUGGACGAAGCAGUGGAGUCUCUGGCGAACUACUUCCUACUCCGCAACGGCGAGUUCGCGCUCUCGCUCAUUCGCGAGAUUGAACGACUCAAGCUGUCGAGACUCACGGGGAGGUCAGUCCCCAGCACGAUGAUACGUGAACAGGACCUGCACCUCGCACUGCUACGUGCAUCGCUCGGAACGACCGCUCAGCAGGAUCCUUCUCUCGCAAACCUUCACUUCCGCCUACCAACGGGACCGAUACGACCCUUGCUCCCCUCGCUCGCAGGCGGCGCAAAGGACCUCUCGGCCUCGCUCUCUAGCCCAACAGAGCCCACGUCCUUUGAUGACCUGCUUCUAGGUACUCCGCUCGUACUCGCGUACGAUGUCUCCUGGCCACUCGACCUCUUCCUGCAUGCGUCAGAUCUACAGCUCUACGCCGCCCUCUUCUCGUACCUCUCCGCCCUCCGCAAGACGCAUACGCGCAUACACACCUGCUGGACCGCGCUGUCGAACGCGCAGCGUGCCCGGAGGCGGUGGACAGGCCUGGGAGAAGGCGGGACGGCCGAGGAUCUCGAGGUCCGCAAGCAGCUCCUGCGCUGUGGCUGGGGCAUCGUGAGGGAAAUGACCUGGUUCCUCGACACGUUGCUGGGAUAUGUCAUGACGGACGUGGUCGACGUUGAGUUCAGACGGCUCAAGAGUCUUCUGUCAGGGCGUCCCACUGGCGGCGUGGGCCGCCAGAUGACCGGCAGUGGUUCGGCGGGUGCGGUGGCUGGCUCGGGCGAUGAUAGGAUAGGAGCGGUGCCUCUCGGAGCGUCCAAGACUGGGUCGACGUUUCAUCCAUCCCUGAGCACGGGCUCGAACUUGUCGUCUGGAGCGCCUCCGUUGGACUUCACGACGCUGCGGAGCAUACAUGCGACGUACCUCGAGCGUCUCCUCACUGGGAGCUUGCUUGCUAACCCAGCCUUGACAAACAUCAUUCGUAUGAUCUUGGAGGUUUGUGAGCGAUUCGCGGCGCAGGUCGAGCGGUGGGGUGGGGACGUCCUCCCUGCACUGCUGUUCGAGGGGAGCCUCGCGGCGGGUGGCGGCGACAAAGUCGGAGAGAUGGUGGCAGAGCGAUACGCUAUUGUGGGCGAGAUUGACGUGACACUUCACACGCUCCUCGACGCCUUCUACGAACAACUCUCCCUCUCUACGACGCUGCAGCCGUUCUCCGCCACGAUCGACGCGACGAAGUCGAUGCUCUAUAAUGCGAGCAUGACGAAUACGACCGGCUUCGGGUUCCACACCUUCGUGCGCACGCGCCGGGGGAAGCGCCUAGAGGGCGACGAGGAAGUCCGGAGACACGUGGAGCGCCUUUUGCUCCGGUUGGACUUCAACGGCCAAUUCUCCAAGCCGUCGGCUAGGCGACAUGGCACGCGCAGCACUGCUCCCGCGGGGCAAGAGGACAUCCUAAAGCAGGGCGGGCUGGCAUAG